AUGGAGUUUGGAUUAGCCCCUCUACGAAAUGAUGCAGCGAAGAGAAUCGAGUUCACCCCGGAAUACGUGCACGGGUACAGUGGGGGCAGAAAUAACAUUCUCAAGUUCGCCAAUAGGAAGGUUAUCUACCCCGUUGACAAUUUGGUCGUCGUGUACGACCUGCUGGACCGAGUGCAGUCCAUCUUUGCGCAACACCUGAAUGAGGUGACCCUGGUCAGGUGCAGAGAAAGCGGCAGAACUGUCCUGAGCGCUGAGGAGAGCAACAACAACGUGAGAAUAUACCUAUGGGACAAGCAAAACUUUAAAAUUUUAGCCAAAAUAAAGAUAAAGAAGAAAAAUUUUCUAGAUAUAGAGUUUUUAAACGAUGGGGACAUUUUCCUUCUGUGCAAGUGGGCUGGUAAGUUAGUCUGUCUGGUUCUGUCCGUGGAGAACUGCCGCGACAGGGGGGUGCAUCUCAGUCUGAGCAGCGUGUGCGUGGUGAAGGUGGGAGAAGGGUAUUACGGAGCAGCUCCACGGAGAAGAAGACAGAAUGGGGAAACAGAUGAUGGUGGCAACGGUGGGGAUGCCAUGGCAGGGGAGGCCACGAAGAGGAGCAAUCCUUUCCGGUUGGUCAGGAAAAAGCGCGCAAAAAAUGACACACACAUAAUUGCCAACCGAAGGGCAAAAGGGGCUACUCCUGAGAAGUCCUACUUUAGGAAGGUAACCAUGGCAGAUGCGGCAAACUUCGUGCAGGUGAAAGAUGGCAGAAAAGGGGGCCAUCCACAUUAUGACAUAUCGUUUCUAAUGCCAUUUGUGAAGGAGAGGAAAAGGUCCAAGAGGCUGCUAGCAAAAUUUGGAGUGUCCGUACCGAUUGGCAAUAAUGUGUGCAUAUACAACGGGGAGUACAUGUUGGUUUACGUGAUGAAAAAUGGCAUCCUUUACGAAAGGCUGAGGAGUGAACGGGUUAGCAGUGCCUCAUUUUUAAAUGGUGGUAGCUUUUCUAAAGCGGAGCAGGGUCUCCACUUUUUUUCUUUCCUUUCGAUGGACCUAUUUAUGAGUGGUUCACUUUUGUGUGACCUCUCAGGGGAAGUAAAAAGAGAUGAAUCGCAUGGGGGGUUCCCAGUAUGGACAGACGGCUCAGUUAGUGAACGGAUCAUCUGGGAGGGGGAUUCACCCAAUGAAGGUCCAAUAACAAAGGAGGCUCAUCUUAACAUGAUAAAAUGCGUGACUAAUCGGCUUGACAAUUUUUUAGGAGAUGAAAUUAGUGCCAUCGCGGUUGUCACCUGUUUGUGUGUAAACGAGGGGGACGACAUAGAUGUUGUUUUGAAGCUACAAAGGAGAGUCCAUCAUGGUGAACGAGAUAAUACCCUAGAAUUGCGCCCCCCAAAAGGGAGAAGCGUGAAGAAGUCUCCCUCACGAAGAAAAAAAAUCCUCGUGGUGGGGACCAAACAAGGCGUAAUAAUAAUAGUAGAUUUUAGAAAACCCCACAGGGUAGAACAUUUAAGGAAAUUUUCCACCGAAAGGAUUGUCUCCAUUUUUACUCAUCAAAAUUGGGUAGUGGUACUGAGCUCUUCCGGGGUGUUACAUUUUUUGGGGAUGCCCAAUUAUGAGACGUCUAAAUCGGUUGACAUAUUUUGCUCAUGGGGUGGUGACUCUUCCUCUGUUAAUAGUAGCAGCUUGUCGACAACGAGGGGGACGUCCGAUUGGACGCCCUUGGGGGGGAGGUCCAUAAAUUCAUUCAGAGGAAGCCCCCCAAGUAGCAGGAGUGGUGUCCAAAUGGGAAACAACCCAACACGUAGCUAUACUGAACAGAAGGGAAAGGGAUCAUCUGUAGGGUUAUUAUCUUCCUCCGUUAGGAUCAGUCCAACCAUGAAGGACAAGGAGAGUAGAAGGAUCAUAUGCGCUUCUUGCCUCCUAGAUAUUUAUACCCUCGUGUUGGGAACCUCAAAUGAUGAGAUGGUUCUUCACAACCUGAUUUCCAAUGAGACCUGUCCAAUUUAUCCAAACAGGCAGAAGAUAAACUGCUUCACGCUAGACAGCGAUCAUGUGUUUUACAAUGUAGAAAGGUGUCUUUAUAAGAUGAGCUUAGUUCAGUAUAACUCCCCCGUGAAGGUGGUGACUUUAACAGAGGGACCCAUUUCAUCCUUUGUGUUUCUGUCAAGUGGAGUGUUAAUAUGCGGGACGGUGAGGGGCAGUUUGUGCUUCUUCGCCAUUUCGGAGGGAAGGGCCAAAGUGAUUAACAAGGUUCCCAUGAAGGAGUUUGCUUCAGCAGGGGUAAGGGCGGCGCGGUGCGUUAGCGGCAUUCCCAACAUGUCCUACAUUCCGACCAUUCAUGGUGGUGACUCCCCGUUUGGAAGAGAACAUAAACAGAAAAAUGAUCCCAAGGAGAACCCAAACGAAGUCAUAUGUUCAAUUGGUAAAGUGGUACCUAACUGGAGAUACCCCAAACGAAGGAACUUUGGAAGGAUGAACGAAGUGACAUCUCGGGCGAAACAAAUCAGUUGGCUAGUUCUGAACAAGGCAAGGAAUAUCUUGUUGUGCGCAACUGAACGGUGUAUAUAUCUGUUUAGAAUCCACGUGGGGGGAAAUGAAAAGGUCGACUUGAGGUACCUCAGAUGCCUCCACUUUGAGCGCACCAUUGUUCAUGUAAAUUUGGUCCAAAAAUAUGACAACUUGUUCUACGUUGCAGUGAGGGAGGGUAUCCAUAACACGAGCGGUGGGAACCGCUACAGCUAUCACUUGUGCUCCUUUAGCUGCGCGAAAAGUAGGAGAGUCAAAAUGAUUGACCUGUGCAGGAACGUAUUGCUUGAAAGUACGCGCCUUUGUCCUUUUCUGCAUCCACGUGAGGGACGUUUUGGUUUGCUAAAGGAUAAAGUUGUCUUCCUUCUGAAUCCAUACACCUUUGCAGUGUAUUCAUGCGGUGUUAGGAAGACGACGAAGCGGGACCAGGCAAACACACAAAGAGGGGUGAGCAGCAACAUAAGCUGCGUUACCUCCUGGGGAGAAUUAACAAUCGGAGGAAAAAAUGACUCCAAGGAAGGAGAUACAGUUUGUCCCUUCAGAAAUGCCCACAUCGAUAUUAGUCUUUUUUGGAAAAGUAGGAAGACGGAUCGUAGCGGUCCAUGUAAGUCGACGAUCCGCCAAGGGGCACAACGCAUAUUGGGGAAAGUGGCCAAGAGGGAGCCACACACGGAAGAAGACAACUAUAAAGCGCCUCUUAGAAAGGACCACAGCGCUAACCACAAGCCAAAAUGUGAAGCAACGCUGAAAGGGUCUCCCAACUUGAGCGGAGAAAACAAACAAGUGAAGGAAAGGCAAGAAGAAUUCAACGGAAGGAAAAUGAAGGACUACACAAAAUAUAAACUGUUAAGGAAUAUUUUGCAAAAAAGGACAAGUCUGAACGGUGAUGGAUUCUUUCUAGGCCCUAAUCAAAACGGGACACCCAACAUGGGGCAGAGGUAUAAAACACAUUUGCAAGUCCCCCCCGGUGCAGGUCACGAAGAGGAAGAAAAAAAUACUAGUCCAAGGGAACAUAGAGGGUACAUUCAGAUGAACGAGGUAGAGAAUGAUAAUGAUGGGUCAAUUUCCAACCGGUGUAACGGAGACACAAUUGAUCAGAGCAAAGUUACAGGGAGGACAACCCUCAGGAGAUGGAGUCCAGAAGACUCUGUAAAAAAAUAUUUAAGGAAGUACUUGGGUGUCUGUAUUCUGCACGAAGGUGAGGAAACGGGAAGGACGUGCAACAACGCGGAGGAAGAUCCGGACGGUCCUUCUGCUGGUGAUAAACAGGAGAAGGUAUAUUUCCCCCUAAGCGAAGGAGUCACUGGGAAGGUUAGCACGCGAAAAUCACACAUAGGAAGUAGGAACAUCCAGAGAGGCACCCGCAUACAGGGAAUAUCAGUUAAACCGUUGGGGGGAGAUAACAAUGUUGGGAGAACAAGGCUGAAAGGGAAGAAGACGCUUGUUCGUGAGAAAGCUCUUAAUGGAGAUUUCCCGAGGGGCAUUUCUCACAGUGGGGUGAGGUGUAACGAUAGGGGUGACAGCAAAAGGGGAACACGUAGUUGUACCUCCGCACAGGCAUGUGAUAAGCGUGAAGUGUGCGUAAAGAGUGAAGAUGCCCUCAGAGGAGGGAGAGCUCCUAUUGAUGACUACACAGGUGGGAUAAACAAAGACGUUGUUAAGCUAAACAAUCACACGCAGCAUAUGUUCGAUCGAGAGGGGGGUAACGCGAAUUGCAACCCUUGUUGUGUUAAGAAGGGGGAAAAGGGCCCUAGCACGUUUUCCACGACGAACCAAAAAAAACAUCCCCAAAAAAUUUGCCGCAUGACAACACAGAAUAAUAAAAUAAAGCCCGGAAAGGCACCUAAACAUGCGGUACUACGUCAGAUGGGGAGAAACAUUCAGUCGGGAGAAAAUGGAGAGGUGAAGUACCCUCUUAACAUGUGCAAAAUUCGAGAGAAAGAAAAAGUCGAUGGGGAAAAGACUCUCGUGGAUGACAGGGUCACCUCACCACGGGGAUGUACAAAUGUGUAUAUUAAGGCCCCAUUUGCGAUUAAUUCGAUCGAAAUUGUGCCGGAUCAUAGAUGA